AUGGGAUUUCCUUACCGCGGUUCAAAGAAGAAUGAGAUUUCAUCCAAAAUGGAUCAACUGGAUCCACCAAUGCGUCUCAUCAGUCACAUAUUCAUACCUCAUCAACAACCCGGCUCAUGGACAGGUCACUCCACAGAGAGGAAUAAGAUAGGGGGAUCCGCUUUCUCCUUACAUCUUCAUCUUGUGUGGUGCAGUAUUGUCAGGCUUAUGCAGAAGAGCUCAGGGACAAGGAAAGCUUCCUGGGAUUCGUGUGGCUACAAACAGCCCCAUAAUGAAUCAUCUUCUCUUUGCAAACCCGGCUCAUGGACAGUAUUGUCAGGCUUAUGCAGAAGAGCUCAGGGACAAGGAAAGCUUCCUGGGAUUCGUGUGGCUACAAACAGCCCCAUAAUGAAUCAUCUUCUCUUUGCAGAUGACACAAUGUUUUUCUGCAAGUCAAGUUCAAACAACUGUAAGACCUUAAAGAGAAUACUACAGGAGUAUGAACAAGCGUCUGGUCAAAUGAUCAAUGUGGACAAGUCAUCCAUCACUUUCUCACCGAAAACGUCCCAACUUGCAAGGAAUCAGGCCAAACAAAUCCUUGGAAUAACAAAAAAAGGUGGACAAGGAAAGUACCUGGGCUUGCCGGAGCAUUUUGGCCGUAAGAAGAAAGAUCUGUUUGCCCUGACCGUAGACAUGAUUAGGCAAAGGGCAAUAAAUUGGUCGUCACGUUUCCUCUCAAGUGCUGGCAAGAUGACCAUGCUAAAAUCAGUGCUCUCAUCAAUACCGACGUACACGAUGCAAUGCUUCAAAUUUCCCGUUGGACUCUGUAAAAGAAUUCAAUCAGCGCUCACGAGUUGGAGAGUUUACUCGAAUCCCUCAUGCCUGCUAGCCAGAGUACUGAUCGGAAAAUAUUGUCAGGACAAACCAUUCCUUGAAGUGAGUUCCCAUCAAGCAGCUUCGCAUGGCUGGAAAGGCAUUCUGAUAGGAAGGAACCUAGUGCUGGAAAAUUUAGGAAAGGCCAUAGGAGAUGGAAAAACCACAAACAUCUGGCACGAUGCUUGGUUGUCAACGGUAACGCCGCAAAGACCAACCGGACCAGCAACAGAACAAUCAGCAAAGUGGAUGGUGGCAGAUUUGUUCUUGCCUGACACUAACCAUUGGGACACUGAGAGAGUCAGGCUCGUCUUCCCGGAGCUCGCAGAUACGAUCCUAAGCAUACGACCAAGCCUCUCGGGGUGCAAAGACAAAUACAUCUCGCUACCGUCAAAGUCAGGAGCCUAUACAACGAAGACAGGAUACCAUACUGCCUACAAGAACAGCUACAAACCAAGAGACACACAGUCAAUGGAGCCGGCAAUUGACUGGAUUGCAGAUAUCUGGUCGCGGAAAACAUCGCCAAAACUACAAGUCUUCCUUUGGAAGUUGGCCAAUGGUGCACUAGCCCUAGGCUCCAAUCUAAGCUCUCGUGGCCUUGCCAUAGCUUCAAACUGCCAGUUCUGUGGCGAGCCGGAAACGUGUGACCACCUUCUGUUCCACUGUGUAUUUGCACAUGAGAUAUGGUGCCUGGCCCCGUUCAAAGAUCAACUUGAGUCCCAUCAGGUGCAGACCUUCGCAGAAGCCCUGAAAUCGUCGUUCAAAUGGAAAGUCCUUCCACCAAUUGGCGUAGAAGCAUGCUCCUUGUUCCCCUGGAUUUGUUGGGCAAUCUGGGGAGCUCGAAAUCGGAAAUUUUUUGAGAAUAGAACCUGUGAGAAAUUUGACACCAUCUCUAAAGCAAUUGCUGAUGCGAGGGAAUGGCAAGAAGCACAACCGGAGAAAGUGAAUAUGAAGACAGUGUUACCACAAGCUCCAUCAUCGUCCGAUCAUUCCAAUCUCAUCACGAUCUACACAGAUGCGGCCUGGUCCAAAGAUUUGAAAAUCGCGGGAUUAGGAUGGAUGGCGGAAGAUCGAAGCAAGGCAGGGGUCAAUCAAGGAGGAAAAGGGGAAACCUUAGUAACAUCAGCGAUCGUAGCUGAAGGUAUGGCCAUCAGAGAUGCUUUGAUGCAGGCACGAUAA